AUGAAUUAUUUUUCUACAUCGAAUACAAUUUAUGUUGGUAAUAUUCAAUCAAUUGAUGAUAAUACAUUACGUGAAUAUUUUCAACGUUUUGGUGAAAUUGAAGCAUUUUUCCAUAAUUGUUCACGUUCAGCUGAUGAAUGGUUAAUUGAUUAUCGUUUUAUUCGUUUUUCAUCUGAUACAGACAUUAAUAUAUUUUUAACAAAUAAAAUUGAUCAUACAAUAUGUCGUAUUCGUCUUGAUAUUCAUUCUUAUGACGCAGUUUUUAGUGACGAAACACGUUUAUUAUCAGAUAGAAAAAUAUGUAUUGCUCAUACAAAUUCUCAACUUAAUCGAAAUGUUAUUAAAAAAGCAUUUACUAGAUAUGGUCGUAUAUUAAAUUGUACAUGUGUAUCAUCUGGUAAUGGUCUUGAAUAUGUUUAUAUUGAAUUUGAUUCAAUAAAUUCAGUUCGAUCAAUUAUUACAUCAGGUCAAAAUCAUUUUGCUGGUCGAACAUCACUCGCCGUUAAACAACCAUUACGACCAUCACAAGUUGGAAUUAAAUCAGAAUCUAAUAUUAAAGAUUGUCAUCAAAAAGAUCAUAUUAAACCAUUUAAAUAUCCUUAUCAUGAACCAACAACAACACGAUAUUUACCUUCAUCUCCUCAUCAAUCAAUACCUACUAAAUCAGAUUAUCAGACAUUAUCAAUAUCUCAUACUAUACCGACAACAAAUCACUUAUACAGUCAACAACAAAUAAAAGAUCUCGAACAAGAAUAUAAUAUAAUAAUUCAAAAAGAUUACGAAGAAAUAAUAUAUCAAAUUGAUAAAUAUCUUGAAAAAAACCGAGAAAAAUAUGAAAAAUUACAUAAACUUAUUCUUCCAUAG